GGAGUGAACUGGGGAGGAAGGGGCGCGGAGCAGGACCGGGGUGCAGGGUGCCGGCAAGGGAGGUACCCUGGAGCCCCGCAGGCCGGCCCCCGAUUCCCCCGGGGUGCCCGCGAGCCAGCGGCCAGAGGCGUCGAGCCACGGGGCACUGGGACAGGAGAGCUUAGGUGGCCAGCAGCGCUCCACUUUUGGUGACCUUGGGCCGGGCUGGGAGCGCUGCGGCGGGAGCCUGGAGGAUGAGGAGCCACGGAGAGGUGCCCAGAGCCCAGCCCUGCCCAGCGCAGCCCCAGAGCUCUGGGUGGCUCCAGGUGCCUGCAACUUUGGGCACUGCCUCUGGGACCCCCUACCAGCCAGCAGGCAGGAUGGCCGUCUACAUUGGCAUCGAGGUGCUCAUUGCUCUGGUCUCCGUGCCCGGGAACGUGCUGGUGAUCUGGGCCGUGAAGGUGAAUCAGUCGCUGCGGGAUGCCACCUUCUGCUUCAUCGUGUCGCUGGCGGUGGCUGACGUGGCAGUGGGCGCCCUGGUCAUCCCCCUCGCCAUCCUCAUCAACAUCGGACCCCAGACCUACUUCCACACCUGCCUCAUGGUCGCCUGCCCCGUCCUCAUCCUCACCCAGAGCUCCAUCCUGGCCCUGCUGGCCAUCGCCGUGGACCGCUACCUCCGGGUCAAGAUCCCUCUCCGGUACAAGACGGUGGUGACCCCGCGGAGGGCCGUGGUGGCCAUCGCCGGCUGCUGGGUCCUCUCCUUCGUGGUGGGCCUGACCCCGAUGUUCGGCUGGAACAACCUGAGCCAGGUGCAGCAGGCCUGGGUGGCCAACGGCAGCGUGGGUGAGCCGGUGGUCCAGUGCGAGUUUGAGCAGGUCAUCAGCAUGGAGUACAUGGUCUACUUCAACUUCUUCGUCUGGGUGCUGCCCCCGCUGCUCCUCAUGGUCCUCAUCUACCUGGAGGUCUUCUACCUGAUCCGCAAGCAGCUCAACAAGAAGGUGUCGGCCUCGGCGGGCGACCCGCAGAAGUACUACGGGAAGGAACUGAAGAUCGCCAAGUCGCUGGCUCUCAUCCUCUUCCUCUUCGCCCUCAGCUGGCUGCCCCUGCACGUCCUUAACUGCAUCACCCUGUUCUGCCCCUCCUGCCAGAAGCCCAGCAUCCUCAUCUACAUCGCCAUUGUCCUCACCCACGGCAACUCGGCCAUGAACCCCAUCGUCUACGCCUUCCGCAUCCACAAGUUCCGGGCCACCUUCCUCAAGAUCUGGAAUGACCACUUCCGCUGCCGGCCGGCGCCCCCCAUCCAGGACGGCCUCCCCGGAGAGAGGCCGGAUGACUAGGCUGCCCCCUGCCCCCACCAGCCCCAUGCGCAGCGGGUCUCCGCUGCUUCCCACCUCCCAGCUCUCCCACCUGUCUCCCUGGGCUGUGGGCUGGCGGGGAGCGGGGUGCAGACACAAGCAAGGAGCUGGGGCCCCUUGCAGGGAGCCCGUGGAACUGCUCCUUAAGGUCCUGGAGGAAGUGUGGGAGGAUGGAGCUGGGAAGGAACCAGUCCACGCCCCCUGUGGGGGGAAGAGGAGGAGGAGGAGAAAGGGGCCAUGAGCUUCCCCACCUCCUUGGCCCUGACCCAUGGGCAGUUCAGGGAGACACCUGGGUGGGGAGAGGGUGCUAGGACAGGGGUGGGCCAGCCCUGGGACGAAGCUGAAGGAGAGGAUGCUCUCGGGAUGGAAGGGAGGCAGGGGUCUUGGCCCGCUUUCUCUCCUGCUCUGUCACACGGAGAAGCAGGGAGACAAGAAGCUCAGUCCCCACCCCCAGGGUACUCUGCCUGCUCUCCUUGCCCAGGGAGGAGGUGGGGGCGCAGGCUAGCGUAGGAAGUGGCCGAAAGAGUGGGUCCAGAAAUCAUUCCCGACAUUUGCUUUAUUCUUCACGAGCUGGUGGACCCUGAGUGGGCCCUGAGAGCAGGUUCUCCUUAGCCCGGGGAGUGUGUUGCCCUGGGCGUGGGCCUCAGACAGCCACCAGGCGGUAGCACCGAGCCCCGUUGUCCCUGAGUGUCCCAAGGGGCCACCUGGAGUGGCACUCUCGGCCAUCUGAGUCCCACCAGCCUGAGGCCAGGCCUGGACUCUCCUAGGGGACAUCCAUCUCUGCUUCCUCUGGCUGGUAGGAGAGGAGCCUGCCACGGUUGGGGACAUUCUGCCUGCUGGGGAAGGGUGGAGGAGGGAAGGGCCUGCCUCUGGAGGGAGGAGCCGUUACAAGACCGGCCCAGGGCAGGUGAGACGUGGCACACCCAUGUGUGUGCGUGCGUGCGUGUGGAAGGGGCGGGGUGGGGGAAACAGCUUUGCUGGCACCUGGUGCUCCCAGCACCAGCAGUUUUCCCUGUCUCCUGGAAAGCUGUUGCAGACAGUCUGGGCCCGAGGGCCAGCCCAGACCCCGCUGACCCCCCACCUCCCGCCCGCCCCCACCACAAGCCCGGGCCUCUCAGGUAGAGGAGGGUAGCACCAGGCAUGGUGUGAUGAUGUCCAAGUGUGGAUUGCAGGCCCUCUCCUCUCUCAAAAGGGGCAGAGUGGUUCAGUGGCUGCUAAUCUAUGGUCGGUGGUUCUGACCUGCCAGCGGCUCCCUGGGGGAGAGAUGUGGCUGUCUGCUCCCGGGAAGACUGACCGCCUUGGGAACCCGUGGGGGCAGUUCUACUCUGUUCUGGGGGGUCCCUGUGAGUUCAUCUUUUCCCACUCUCAGAGCUGGGGUCUCCCCUGGUUCCCAGGGAGGGCCGUGUGACUAAUAAAAGACUGUGAACUUA